CAGUUGACGUCUUGUGUGGCGAGAAACGUGAACAAGCGCUUAAUCGUAGACCGUGAAUAUUUUACUCAGAUAAAAUAAUUUAACCACCAGGAAUAUUUUGGUCAUAAAGUCUUCGUCGGGAUGAACAAGUUUAUUCGACGUAUCAAGUCAAAACUUGAACGUGGCAACGAAGGCUCGGAUAAAGGUGGAGCCUGCAGUCAACAGGAACAGGAACCCUCUGGACUGCACAUCACGGACUUGCCGCCAGAGGCGCUGGCUCUCAUUUUCGAACGUUGCUCUUACGACGUCUUGGCUAGACGAGUGAGGCUCGUGUGCAGACGAUUCUGCGAAGUCGCCACUUUACUUCUCAACUGCGGGUUCUUGACCUUGGGUCCCAAGAUUGAUCGAGCUAUGUUGGAUGCCGUGUCUCGUUUUGAAGAAGGUCGAACAUUGGGAGAACUUCUUGUAAAGACGCAUCCUUUCACUUUAGCUAUGGUGGGUGACUUGCCUCGAGUAGGAAAAGGUCGACCAACUGAACAACAGCUGCUGAUGGAUCAACAUUGCAUCGCGCUGAUGAAUAUGAAGUACAAGUACCGCGCAGUCAGAGCCGUCACCUGGAGACACAUUCACAGCCCCUACUCCGGCUCUGGACAUCGGGCGUGCUUCUACGCCGGCAGUUUGCUGGACGAGUUCCUUAGUUUCCUGCGACUGGCCCGCCAUUCGCCAACCCUCUUGGGGUUCUUCAUGCUCAGCCCAACUCGGGAAAACGAAAUCAUCAAACUGCUUAUUCGGAGCUCGAAAUUCAUGAACCACUUCAAGAUAAGAACUUAUAAUUUUGGACGCAAUUAUUCCAUCUCUGAUGCAAAGAUUAAUGAUCUUUGCCAUGGCAUGACAAGGACUCCUGUCAGGACGACCCCACAAGAAGAGGCGGUGACAGUCAAUGGAACGGAAUGCCACAUCGAGGCUCAUUAUAGGAUGCCUUACACGUGGUUGAAUUGCCUGCCUUCAUCUCAUGCUCAACCUAAUCAGAGGAGCGAAGAGAUGGGGUCAAUGAUCAUCAUGGCAGCAGAGACGCUAGAUCUUAGACUCCAACAGAUUCCGGAAUCGCCAGGACUUUACUGCGAACACCUCGGAGGACCAGACGUUUGGAAAAUACUAACCUACGCGGAUUUCGCUCGUGCUGAUUGGACAUUUCGAAACCGUUAGAAAAUAUGCCCCAAGUUCACUAGAGAGUCUUGUCAAACACACGGACGUUCAGAUUGGGUGAAUUUAACAAAAUACAGGUCCUCGAUCACGCAUGUACACAGAAAAUUAAGUAAGAUUGAGUCUGUGAAAGUUACGUAAUCAGAACUGGCCCAACGAGUUUCGAAAUCAGACCGUUUUAAGAGACGCUUAUGUGGAUCAUAGGGACAGUUAUCGUUAAGAAUGCACUAAACGCAUUAAACCGAACCUUGAACGACGUACCUCGCAAUGAACAGAUUCCUGCAAGGGGAGUGUCAGAGAUAGGAAAACGGACAAUUAAAUACAGUUCAAUCAAGAUACGGGAACACGCAUUAAGAGCCUCUGAAGAAUGGCAAGACGCCGUACUGCAGACAAUAUUAUACCCGUCAUUCAGAACUUCGAGUGGGUAAGCAAGAUUUUCCAUUCAGUUGCAGACUGUGAAGUAAGACUUUUGCAAUUCAGUUCUGGAAUCCCAGAAUCGUUGAACUGAAGGAGACAUUGUGGACGUUUGGUUAUAUGUAACACCUCCAUACGCCGAACGCAUGACAAUUAUUUGUCCAGAGCCCGAUCCUGUAGACGUAACCACUAACGGGUUGGGAAAAGUUACACUCCUGAAACCUUGUUCAGGGUACGGACAUCAAGUUUUAAUUCAUGAACAGGCGAUCCGAGAAGUAAAUUACACUAAUAAAGACGCAAUACUUGGAA